AUGUCGCUGCCUCAAUCGCUCCAGGACCUAGACGCCCUGAGCGCAGGGGACAUCAGGCGCUUGCUGACCCGCGAGGGCGUCAGCUGCCGUGGCUGCAUCGAGAAGGCGGACUUCGUGCGACUGGCAGCAAAGACCUUGGGAUUUGACGGCGCACCACUGGACGAGCCCCAGGAACCCGCUGAAGACGAGCGCAGCCCCAGCUGCGCGAGCAUCCGCACGGACUGGAGCGAAGAGGCACGCAGAGAGAAAGAGAACGACGCCAAGAAGGAGAAGGAAGCGCGCCGCAGCCGGAGCGGCGACAAGCGCCGCCGGCGCGACGACAGCCGCGACGACAGCCCGGGCUCGCGGAAGCCCAUAGACUGGAGCGUAGAUGCUGUGAAGAUCACGGCGGACGACGCGGCGGCUUUGACCUUCGGCGCCGGGGGCCGCACCGUGGAGCGCAUCCAGCGGGUCUCCGAGGCGGAAGUGGAGCUCCUGGACAAGGAGCUCAUCCUCGAGGUACGGGGCACCCCUCUGCAACGCCGCCGCGCCAAGAAGUACGCCAAUAUCAUCAUGAAGCAGCGGAUGGGCCCCAACAUCAUCACCGAGGACUUCGAGGACGGCGACCUCACGGUGCUCAGCGUCCCUCCAGACGUCGUGGGCUACGUCCAGGGUCAGGGCGGCAGCGUGCUGCGCAGCAUCGAGGAGGAAUGGGGCACCCUUAUGGUCUUCAUCGACACAGACCUCUCCAAGGCCCAGCGCUUGGCGGUCUUCGGCAGCAUCCGGGGGCGCCGAGGCAGCGAGCUGAAGGUGCUGAGCGCGGUGGAGACCAAGAUGGGCGGGUACUUCGCCUCGGUCAAGGAACCGGUCCUGAACCGAGACAAGUACAAGGCGGGGAGCCCGCCUGUCGGCUUGCGGCUGGCGGGCGGUGAAAGCAACGAUGUGAUGUUGAUCAUGUGA